AUGGCUUUCAACAAGCUUAGUGCACUCAUUAUAUUGCUUUCUCUUCUUUCUUAUACCAUAUUUUCACAUGCUUGUGAAUCAUGCAACCCAAAACCUAAGCCUAGUCCUCCACCACCUUCGAAAAAUCCUACGCCUUGUCCUCCACCACCUUCAACAACACCUAAGGCCAGUCCUCCUCCCACUCCUUUAACAACACCUAAGGCCAGUCCUCCCCCCACUCCAUCAACACCUAAGGCCAGUCCUCCUCCUACUCCAUCAACAACACCUAAGACCAGUCCUCCCCCCACUCCAUCAACACCUAAGGCUAGUCCUCCUCCUACUCCAUCAACACCUACCACUAGUACUCCACCUCCUUCAACAACACCUAAGGCUAGUCCUCCUACUCCAUCAACACCUACCACUAGUACUCCACCUUCUUCAACAACACCUACGGCUAGUCCUCCUACUCCUUCAACAUCACAAAAAUGUCCUAGUGACACUUUAAAGCUAGGUGUUUGUACUGAUCUUCUUGGACUUGUUAAUGUUGUUGUUGGAAGUCCUGCUUCAAGCAAGUGUUGUGCAUUGAUUCAAGGUUUGGCUGAUUUGGAUGCAGCAAUAUGCCUUUGUACUGCUAUUAAGGCUAAUGUUCUUGGUAUCAACUUGAAUGUUCCUGUCACACUCAGUCUUCUACUUAGUGCUUGUCAAAAAUCAGUUCCCUCUGGUUUCCAAUGCUCAUAG